ACGUACGUACGCCGAGUACUUUAUGGUAGCGUAGUAGUGGUGAAAGGGUUAAAUUAUAAUUAGCUUGCCCAGCCUCUCUGUGUGAUAGUCCAGCCCAUUGAGACCAACCAAUGUCAUUUUAGCGCUGACUUUCGGCGUCUGAAAGCUAGCAGUGCUAGUAGCCACAUUUUGCGACCUUUCAGGCUACAUCAUCUGUCGUCUAUUGACUGGAGCAUUCAAUCUGCUCCUCGGCUCAUACCCCGUGAGUAGCUACAAAACAUGGCGGCCCUCAAAGCGUUGUGCAGAGCGGAGAAUUUAUUCUUCAAAAGCCUGUCAGGUCCCUGCAGAACCAAAUUAAACUUCGCUUAUCUCCACUUGAGCAAGACCUGCGGCUGUUAUUUUUCUACUUCCAGCCAGAGAAGUUCACAGUUCUACUCAGAUCCUACAGAGGCAGUUAAAGAUAUCCCAAAUGGAGCUACCAUUCUGGUGGGAGGCUUUGGAUUAUGUGGUAUCCCAGAGAAUCUUAUCAACAGUUUACUGAAAACCGGCGUUAAGAGUCUCACUGCAGUCAGCAACAAUGCAGGAGUGGAUAACUUUGGCCUGGGCCUGCUGCUCCAGACUAAGCAGAUCAAGAGGAUGAUCUCUUCAUACGUCGGGGAGAAUGUAGAGUUUGAGCGACAGUAUCUGGCAGGGGAGUUGGAAGUGGAACUGACACCACAGGGUACUCUGGCAGAGAGGAUCAGGGCUGGGGGUGCUGGGAUUCCAGCCUUCUUCACAGCCACCGGCUAUGGCACACUGAUCCAAGAGGGAGGCUCUCCUAUUAAGUACAACAAAGAUGGCAGCAUUGCCAUCGCCAGUGAGAAGCGAGAGGUGCAGGAGUUCAAUGGCAGGCACUACAUCAUGGAAAAGGCCAUCACUGGAGACUUUGCACUGAUCAAGGCAUGGAAAGCUGACAAGGCUGGAAACAUUGUUUUCAGGAAAACAGCCAGAAACUUCAACCAACCUAUGUGCAAGGCAGCCAAAACCACCAUAGUUGAGGUGGAGGAAGUGGUGGAUGUUGGGACCUUCGCUGAAGAGGACAUCCACAUACCCAGCAUCUAUGUCCACAGGGUUGUCCAGGGAGCCAGCUUCGAGAAAAGGAUUGAGAAACGCACAGUAAGGAGAAGCCAAGAAGUGAAGCCCAAACCAAAGAAGGACUCAGAUAUUGUUCGGGAAAGGAUAAUUCGCCGGGCUGCUCUGGAGUUUGAGCAUGGGAUGUAUGCCAACCUUGGUAUUGGUAUCCCCAUGCUGGCCAGCAACUUUAUAAAACCAGACAUUACUGUACACCUCCAAAGUGAAAAUGGAAUUUUGGGACUGGGCCCAUACCCCACUGAGGAUGCAGUGGAUGCAGACCUGAUUAACGCUGGGAAGGAGACUGUCACUGUGCUCCCUGGGGCUGCCUAUUUCUCCAGUGAUGAGUCAUUUGCCAUGAUCCGAGGGGGUCACAUCAACCUGACAAUGCUGGGAGCUAUGCAGGUGUCAAAACAUGGAGACCUUGCCAACUGGAUGAUCCCAGGUAAGAUGGUGAAGGGAAUGGGAGGAGCCAUGGAUUUGGUGGCUAGCGCUGGAACCAAAGUGGUGGUCACCAUGGAGCACUCAGCUAAGGGAGGAAAACACAAGAUAUUGGACAAAUGCAGCCUGCCUUUGACAGGGAAGCAGUGUGUAGAUCGGAUCAUCACAGAAAAGGCUGUGUUUGAUGUAGAUAAGACAAAAGGCCUGACUCUGAUAGAAGUGUGGGAGGGGCUCACUCCUGAGGAUAUCAAGGCAUGCACUGGCACAGACUUUGAGGUGUCUCCCAACCUGAGGGCCAUGCAGCAAAUCUAGAGGAGCUUGUAAUGGAUCUGAGAAGUGUUUUUGGUUUGUGUGACAAAUUCUCAUUUCAUUUCUCUGUGAUAAACAGCUGGUGACUGAGCAGCCUACGACAGGUCAAAUAAGCUUAUAAAACAUAAAUGCUUCAGUACCCUGGUAAUCAGCAUGCAAAUAUCAGAAGGAUUUAGUCCUCACUAAUUUUAACUGCAUGGGAUUCACGAGAGCGAACAUGUACGUUUUUUUUUUUUUUUUUUUAUAUGUUCAGACAAACGAUUAGGGAACAUUAAGUUGUUGCCUAUUGAACCAUUAAGUUAUUCAUUUUUACUACUGUUUGUGCAGCUAUUACCAAAUAAUCCUGAAAUUUACAUAAAAAACUGGGAAUAUUCUUUAUAUGUUCUCUAAGAAAAAUGCAACUUUACUAGAACUAUGAACAAAAAUGAUACAAUAACUUGAAUGUGAAUCAUAUUUACUGUCGAUCAAUAAGUUACAGAGAGAUGAAAUGUGAUAAAUUUAGAAAACAAAGGUGUGCUGUAGGUCAGGUGAUUCUUUGUUCAGCACAGAAGGGAAUAUGUAUGUAGUUGUUUAAAGUUUUACUAAGUAACAAAAUAUGUCCUUGGAUUAUAUGUUUUUCUCCAUUUGGAAAAUGAAGAAGAUGUAAAAAUAUGGGUCUGACUGUAACAUGUUUGUAAUAAUCACCUCUGCCACAAUGUCAAACUGUUUGAUAGAGAGAGUUGGUGGGCAUACCAUACAUUUCAUCCAGAAAACGUGAAGCCUUAACAUUUUUUACUCAGACAUUUAUUGUUCCCUUGCCUUUGUAUAUAAAAUAAAAUACAACCUUGCAUGCUGUGUGAAACAAGA